AACAAAUGCUGAAAGUGCACUCCACUCGGCGUUUGGUUAUGAAAUGAACCAGUUGAAAUCGAAUUUCUGUAAAUAAAAUAACGCGCUCUAGGUUUUAUGAAUAACUCGUGCAAUCGGUGGAUAAAAGUGUGAGAAAAUAGACAGGUGAAUCGAGGGGUCGACGACGCCAAUCGAUCGACAGGUGAGGCGAUUAUGUGUUCAGAACUGAAAAUGUGGCGACUUGCUGUGUUCCUGGUGUUGAGCGGUGCCUGGGGUCAGGUUCCGGAUGAUCCUUACACGUCGACGAGGGCCCCCUGGGGCCGAUACGACCAGAACGAUCCCCAGGGAGUAUUCGGUUAUAGAAACCCAUACGAUAGGCAGGAUCCGUCCUACGAUCGGGAUCAGUCUCCAGGGCUUCGUGGCCCAGGCUUCACCGACAACAUCAUCUUCAAGGAGGCGACGUAUUUCGUGGUGGCCUCCAAGAUGUGUCGACCCGGUCAGAUCUACCGAUUGGCUGUGGAUGUCCUGAGGAGUUCUCUCCCCAUGACAGUUAGGGCGACGAUUCAGAGGAACGGUGUGGAGAUUGCAGCCGAUCACAAGGAGGUGAAGGAGGGCAUCCCCGAGAACCUGAUGCUGCGAAUGCCCCCCACAUCGAUUCCAGGUGACUACAAACUCCGGGUGGAGGGCCUCUACAACGGCCUCACAGGGGGUCAGGCUUUCCUCAACGAAACUCGAUUGACAUUUACCCAGAGGUCCAUGACAAUUUUCAUCCAGCUGGACAAACCCGUCUACAUGCAGGGCCAGACCGUUCGCUUCAGGGCAAUACCCAUAAACACGGAAUUAAAAGCCUUCAACGAUCCCGUUGACGUCUACAUGUUGGAUCCCCACAGGAGAAUCAUGAGGCGUUGGCUCAGCAGACAGAGUAAUCUCGGAACUGUCUCUCUGUCGUACCAAUUGUCCGAUCAACCUGUCUUCGGGGACUGGAUCAUUCAAAUUAUUGCUCAGGGACAGGUCGAGGAGAAGAUGUUCGUCGUGGAGGAGUACUAUCAGACGAGAUUCGAGGUCAAUGUCACUAUGCCAGCAUUUUUCUUCGAUACAGAUCCAUUUAUCCAUGGAAUCAUUCAGGCGAAUUACACGUCUGGUGCUCCUGUCAGGGGGAAUCUCACUCUCAAAGCCAGUUACAGACCUAUCGAUAGGUACAGGGCACAGAAUACCGUUUUUCAGGAGCAGUACUUUAAUUUUAAUGAAUAUUAUCCUGCCUGGUUCAAGACUGUCGAUCGGUAUGGGUCAUCCCCUGUUAUGAGGUUUUUCAAUGGAACUUAUAGGUUUGAAUAUCCAAUGGCCGAACUUCUGGCGUAUUCCCCCACCCUGGACGGCAUGGAGGUGACGAUAACGGCGACAGUUGGGGAGAGAUUCCUGGAUGAAGUGAUUGUGGGCUACUCCACUGCGAGAAUUUACAAUUCAAGUGUUCGAGUCCAUUUCUUCGGGGGUUCUCCCCAAGUAUUCAAGCCCGCGAUGGCCUUCGACCUGCACAUUCUAUCGUCCUUCCACGAUGGUUCGAUCCUGAGGGACUCACAGCUGCGAGGAGCCCAGAUGGAGGUGAAGGCAGACAUCGAGACAAGAAAUGGCCGUAGACAGCUCGACACCCAGUACUUGAGAGCUUCGGAUGAAAAUCCUUCCAUCUGGCAUGUGAAGAUCGACCUCAGGAAGCAACUGAAUCUCCUUGAUGAUCCCAGACGCGCCCAGCAAGAGCUCAAUGGAAUCACAGGGAUGAGGGUUUAUGCGUAUUUGAUCGACGGCGAGGGCCACAGGGCACAGGCUGAGCUCAAACUCCUGGCACACGAGUCCCCUGACCAGAAGCACAUCAAGGUCUCCACUUCCACGAAGAAUGCGAAAGUCGGAGAGUACCUGGUACUACAUGUCCAGACAAAUUUCUACAUUGAAACGUUCAAUUACCUGAUUAUGUCCAAAGGGACGAUUAUUCUCAGUGGACAGGAUAUAAUGGAGCACAACAUCAGGACCUUCUCCAUUCCGCUGGGUCCGGAAAUGGCACCAGUGGUGACAGCAGUGGUGUAUCACACGGGAAGAUACGGUGAGGUAGUUGCCGACUCCUUGACAAUCCCAGUGAAUGGCAUCUCCCGAAACAAUUUCACGGUCUUCAUAAAUAAUAAAAAAGCCCGAACGGGUGAACGCGUGGAGGUGGCGAUCUACGGUGAGCCCGGGGCAUACGUUGCUCUCUCAGGAAUCGAUCGGGCUUUUUAUUCAAUGCAAGCUGGAAACGAGCUGACAUAUGCCAACGUGAUAUCGAAGAUGGCGUACUUCGGGGAAGAAACCAAUGGUACUCACUCUCACUCCUGGGUGUUCCACGGUGGUGACCCAGACGAAGUGGUGCACUUUCCCUCUUCGACCUUCGGCGUCGACGUCAACAGAACGUUCGAGUACAUCGGCCUGUUGGUCUUCACAGACGCCUCCAUCUACAGAAAACCAGACACGUGCAACAGAACCCAGGGUUACGUCGAGUGCAUAUCAGGUGCAAUCAGGUGCUAUCGCUUCGAUAAAAAGUGCGACGGCAUCCUGGACUGCGAGGAUGGGACAGACGAAGCGAGGUGCAUCCUGGGGAACGCCACAGACCUCUCCCUUUUCAGGAAGAAUCGUUUCAACAGGAUUCAGAGGCAGUACGAGAACGUCUGGCUCUGGAAAGACAUUAAUAUCGGUCCUCAUGGCCGCCACAUCUUCAACAUCGACGUCCCCAGGCGUCCAGUUCACUGGAUGGUCACAGCCUUCAGUAUGAGCCCCAGCAGAGGCUUCGGGAUGCUCCCAAAAGCACUGGAGUACACAGGCGUUCUUCCCUUCUUCAUCAACGUGGAAAUGCCUGAAAAAAGUCGUCAGGGUGAGCAGAUCGGCGUCAGGGUAUCAGUGUUCAAUUAUAUGAAGUACAAUAUCGAAGCAACUGUCGUCCUUGAGGGAUCCAAGGACUACAAAUUCGUUCACGUCGAGGAGGAUGGCAUCGUCCAGUCGUACAACCCCAAGACCUCUUUUGGGGAUCAUCAGUUCUUCAUAUGGAUUCCUUCACAGGACGCCUCUAUUGUUUAUUUACCUAUUGUUCCUGUCAGGCUGGGGGACAUUAAAGUCAGGAUUUAUGCCACCACUAUCAUCGGGAGGGACGUGGUGGAAAAAAAUCUGCAUGUGGAGGCUGAUGGAUUGCCUCAGUACAGACAUCAAUCCAUUCUACUUGAUCUCAGUAACAGGGGAUAUCUUUUCCAGUAUAUGCAUGUCAAUAUCACUGAGACGCCAAUUAUUCCUUACUCCGAGCAAAGGUAUUACAUUUUUGGCUCCAACAAGGCUACUAUCAGUGUUGUGGGAGACGUUGUGGGGCCCAUUUUUCCCACGAUGCCUGUCAAUGCUACAAGUUUAAUGGGAUUACCCAUGGAUUGCGCUGAACAGAACAUGUUCAGUUUCGCUGCUAAUAUGUACACAACUCUACACAUGAGGCUGAUUAAUCAGAGAAACAGACACACAGAGAAGGACAGUUUUUAUCACAUGAACAUCGGAUACCAGAGGCAAUUGUCUUUCAUGAAUCCUGAUGGCUCGUUCAGUCUGUUCAGGAGUGAUUGGAAUAAUUCAUCACCCAGUGUUUGGUUGACUGCCUUCUGCGCUAGAGUUUUCCAGGAGGCGAGCUUCUAUGAGUGGGAGAAUUAUCUCUACAUCGAUCCAGAGGUGAUAGCCCAGGCAGUGGCGUGGGUACUGCGACACCAGACAGAGUACGGUUCCUUCUACGAGGUGAUGUGGUUCCCAGACAGAAAGGUGAACAGCACACUGCAGGACGACGAGGGUAUAAUCAGGAAUCGCAACAUAAGUCUGACAGCUCACGUGUUGAUAACUCUGGAGACAGUGAAGGAUUUAACCGGGGGUCUCGGUUCCCAGGUGGCUUUGAGUGCGGCGAAGGCCUCCAAAUGGCUGGAGCAAAAUUUGAAUCUCCUGGAGACGAGGGGAACGCCUUACGAGAUUGCCAUCACAGCCUACGCCCUACUCCUGUCAAAAUCAGCGUCAGCAGAGCAAGCAUUCAAUCUCCUCUCGAUUCACGCCAGAAGAGAGGGAGAUUUGACGUACUGGGGUAGAAUUCAGGUGCCCCUGCCCCCGAAUAAAAUCGAGAACAACAAGCCAUUCCUUCUGCCACGAUUACCUUACGUCUACGACUCCGAGAACAUCGAGACCACAGCCUACGCCCUCCUGGUACACGUGGCAAGGCAGGAGGUGGACAUUGAGCCCAUCGUCAAGUGGCUCAACUCCCAGAGACUCACAGAUGGCGGAUGGGCGUCCACUCAGGACACAGCCUGGGCCAUGAAAGCGUUGAUGGAUUAUACCGUCAGAUCCAGAAUAAGGGAAGUCAGUGCUCUCACAAUAACUGUCGAGGCAACUUCCCUUCCUGGACAGACGAAAAUCCUCACGAUUAACCAGAAGAACUUGGCGAAGAGGCAGGCAAUCGAGAUACCAGAGGCUUGGGGAACUGUCAAGGUCCAGGCCAAAGGUGCUGGUUAUGCCAUCCUCCAGAUGACUGUCCAGUACAAUGUCGAUCAGAAAAGAUUCCAGACUGAUCCACCUGUCAGGGCUUUUGAUCUCGUCGUUAAACCUGACUUCGUAGGGAGAAAUAAAUCUCAUAUCGUUUACAAGAGCUGUCAGAGAUGGACUAAUGUCGAGGAGUCUGCCAGGUCGGGGAUGGCAGUGCUGGACGUUACCAUUCCUACUGGGUAUAUGAUACAGCAGCAGACCCUCGACAGGUACACCAGGUCCAGGAUGGUGAGGAACUUGCAGAGGGCUCGGUUCCAGUGGAGUGAGAAAAAAGUUCUCUUCUAUUUCGAUUACCUGGACAGUGAGGAAACUUGUGUUAAUUUUACCGUUGAGAGGUGGCAUCCUGUUGCCAAUAUGUCCAUGUUUUUGCCUGUCAGGGUUUAUGAUUAUUAUUCACCCGAGAGGUUUAACGAGACUAUGUUCGAUGCUCUGCCGACGUAUAUUUUGAAUAUUUGUGAGGUUUGUGGGAGCUCGCAGUGUCCAUAUUGCUCCAUUUACAAUGCCGGGAGAGUUUUGAGAGCUUCUGGAGUUCUUCUAAUCAUCUCCAGUGUUCUUGCCGGGAUCAGGUACUUCAGGAUGAUCGAGUGGAAUUUGGGAUAAUUUUUCACCCAGAGACAUUUAGGAAUUCAGGAUAAAGUAGGAGAGAACUGAAUGUUAAUUUUAAUUGAGACAAAUCGAACUGCAAAGAUUGGAAGAAUUGACAAAGGAUUGAGUUAAUGAGGUCUACAUUAAAUUCCUCUCUUCAUGAGCUUUUAAUUGUUUUUGAAUCGGUGGGAGAUAAAUUUGUAGAUAUACGGGAAAAAACCAGAAUUAAUUUAUGGUGAUCCCCUGAUAUCGUCUCUUUAUUGAGUAAUUGUGUUCGAUAAGACACGAGAUUAUUCUCGUUUUAUUUUUCAGAGUUAUCUCUAGUGCGUUGAGGUUUCUAUUAACGUCGCACGAUGAAUCUCGAUUUUGUAUAGCUCUUUAUAUUUUUUUUUUACACCAAUAGCUUAAUUAAUAACCGAACGUACAGUUUGAUAAUCCCUCGAUAACAGAUCACGAGAGAUAUUUAACAGUCUGUACAUAAUAGGGAAUAGUGAACCAGUACAAUCGUCCAAAUCCAGCAUCAGAGUUAUAUUUUUAGUAAAUAAUUGUAGCCUACUGAGCUCCGCUCUCGUAUCAAAGUUUAUUUGAUAAGUUUUUGGUAACUGCAACACUCGCCAAAGAAUUGAAUGUUCAUUCUGUGGCGGGCAUUUACC